AUGGAAAGCCUCAAAUUAAAUAUAAAACUGCCUUUAAUUGAAAAGGCAUCUCUAAAUAUAAAAGAUAUUAUAGAUCAUAUGAAGUUAAAUGAGGGUAUAUAUUUUGAAAAAAUAAAAUUUGAUAAUAAUGAAAUAUUAAAUAAUUUAGAAAAUAACAAUGUAUAUAAAAAGAUUGAAGCCAUGAAACAUAUACUAAUUGGACACAUUUUAAAAAAAGAUGUUUCUUGUUUUUUUUUUAAUGUUUUAACAAACAUAUCAAUAAAUAAUAUAAUAUUAAAAAAAUUAAUUUAUAAUUAUUUAAUUUUAUAUGCUAAUGGAAAUACAGAUUUGACAUUAUUAUCAAUCAAUUCUUUUAAAAAAGAUCUAAAUAAUAGUAAUUAUCAAAUAAGGUCAUAUGCAUUAAGAGCAAUCACAUCAAUAAGAUCUCUUGAUAUUAUUAAUUUAUUAAUAGGAAUGUUAAAAAAAUUUUCAAAUGAUGACUCACCAAAUGUACGUAAAACAUGUGCAGAUGUUAUACCAUCUAUAUAUUUUGUUGAUAAAGAUCAAUUUAUUUUCUUAAGAAAUGUUUUAUUAAAAUUAAUUACAGAUAAUGAAAUAAAUGUUGUAUCAUCAGCUAUUAUCUCUUAUAGUACAAUAUGUAUUCAUAACUAUACUCAACUUUCUUAUCUUUACGGAAUCAAACAUAAAACAAAAUUUAAUUCGACUCAAGCUGUGCCACACACUGACGAAGAGUCUCACACUGACGAAGAGUCUCACACUGGCGAAGAGUCUCACACUGGCGAAGAUUCUCAGAUAUACACAUCGCUAUCAUUUUUGCAUCCACAUUAUUAUAAGUUGUGUAAAUAUUUAUUAUGCAUGCAUCCAUAUAGCCAAACCUACUUAAUUGAUUUGUUACUACGCUAUUGUAGGAUGUUUUAUACAAACCCCUUGGAAAGUGAGAAAAAUGAAAGUGAGCAAAAUAGAAGUGGUGGAAAAAAGAGUGACCAAAAUAGAAGUGGUGUAAAACUGAGUGACCAAACGUAUGACGCAUUUUGUGAGUACAGAAAUUAUGCAAUCGAUAUCGAAAUAUUUAUUGACAAAUUGUUAUUAUUAUUGUCAUCAAACAGUUAUAGUGUUGUCCUAAUAGCAAUAUCAGCUUUAUACAAAUUAACAAAAUUUACAUACAAAGAAAAUAUGAUUCAGGCUAUAUUAUUUUGUUUAUUAAAAAGUAAUGUCGAAAAAAAUGAUGAAAUAUAUGAAAUAUUUAUUAAAAGCGUAAAACCAAUUAUAAAAUCUUUAAAGGAUGAAUUUGAUCCAUAUCUAUCUUAUUUUUUUAUUAAUAAUCAAGAUAGUACAAUAAAAAAAUCAUUAAAAAUUGAUAUAUUAUACAUAUUAAAUAAUAAAAAUAACCAAAUUAUUAUAAUAAACGAAUUACUACAUACAUUGUAUAUACCAAAUAAUAAUAAAUUUAUCAUUAAUAAGUUAUUUAGAUAUAUAACAGAGAUUUCUUUACAGAAUCCAAAAUGUUUAUCUAAAUUUGUUAAUGAAAUUAUGAUAAUGUUAAGUUCAAAUAUAAAAAUAUAUUCAUAUGAAUCAAUUUUAUCAUUAAGAAAAAUAUUACAAAAAAAUGAUAAUAAAAAAAUUAAAAAAAUUAUUUUUUUUUUGAUCAAAAUAUUAUCACAAAUUCGACCAAAUAAUGUUAAAAUAUCAAUUUUAUGGAUAUUAGCAAAUUAUCAAAAACAUAUUGAUCAUCUUCUCAUUUUUGACUUAUCAAGAAUAUUAGUGAAAUUUUUUAAAACUUCAGAUAACGCUUUCAAAAUACAUAUAAUACAUUUCCUCUUUAAAAUAUGGAUAUACCAAUUUGGUAAUAUAAUUCAAAACCACUCUCACGAAGAUGCUUCAAAAGAAGAUUACUCAUCGCGCGGUGCUAAUUCUCAGCAUGGUGCUAAUUCUCAGAAUGAACAGCAUGGUGCUAAUUCUCAACAUGAUCAGCAUGAACAGCAUGAACAACGUGACUCCAUUUGCCAUAGUGAAUGCGAAAAAAUGAAAAGCGAAUUUCUGCUAUUCGACCAAUUGUGCAAAAGUUGUUUUUUACUGGCAUCACAAGAAAACCAUUUUGAUAUCAAAGACACUACCAAAUUUUACUACCAUAUAAUGUACACAUUAACAAAAUUCAAAUCACAAAAUUUAUUAGAUUAUAAAUUCUUACAAACAAAUAUAUUUAAUCACCCAAUUUCAGAUAUAACAUUAUCUUUAUCUUAUUUAAAAUUUUUUUAUUUAUAUUCUGGAAAAUCGAUAAUUUCAAAUUCACUACAACUAGGAUCAAAUAAUUUAUUUUCGGAUAAAUUAGAUGCAUCUUCAUCUCAAUUUAAACAAAAUAAAAAUAUUAAUAAUAAACAAAAAAAAAUACAUAUAUAUCAAUUAAAUACUAUAUCUAAUUUGAUAGGUUUUAAAAUACCAUUAUAUGUUGACUUGCCAAAUUUCUCUUCAUCUGAUUUACCAAAUAUUGAACAUGUUAAUAAUCUUGAAAAAGAAAAAAAAAAACCUAUAUCUUUUUCAUCAUUUGAUUUACAUUAUAAUAAAAAUAUGAACAAUUAUAUUAAUUCUCAUAUUUUUUUAAAUGUUGAUGAUUUUUAUAAAGAAGAAAAUAUUGAAUAUGAUAAAAAUAAAAUUCCAAACAUUUCAAACAUUCCAAACGUUUCAAACGUUUCGGAUACGCCAUUUUUAAUCAAUAAAGGAACAAACAUUCAAGGCGAAGACGAAGAGUCAGACGAUAACCAACAAUCUCAAAAAAUAAAUAAAUUAGAUAAAUAUGAAAAAGUGGGAAAUUCAAAAGAUUUUAUAUAUGAAGAAAUUGAAGAUAUAGAAAAGUUCUUUUUUAACAAUAAUGAAUAA